UGUCACACCACCGAGGAUUAUCUUUCCCUUUUCCCUUUUUCCUUUUUUCCUUUCAACAUUUUCACUUACUUGUACUUAGUCUAAUGCUCCCGAGGUUCCUUUCCUCUCACUAGCUUAGUUUAACGCUCUUUUGAUCAACCUCGCUCUACUCAAUUGUACACCACACAUCAUGUCUUCCUACGCCCUCGCCCAAAUCUACCAAUUAAUCCUCAACCUUGUCGGUGGUGGCCCAAGGCCUGUGUACCCCGCUCGUAAAAAUAUCCGCAUCGGAAGCAGGAAAUCCAAGCUUGCGUUGGUCCAGACACAUCUUGUUCGCGAUUCUUUACAGGCGAUCUAUCCGGACACCAACUUCGAAAUCAUCGCCAUGACUACUACCGGCGACAACAAUCAGACGAAACCGCUACACAACUUUGGGGCAAAAGCACUAUGGACGCAGGAGCUUGAGGUGCUGUUGCUGGAGGAUAAAUUGGAGAUGAUUGUGCAUUCGCUGAAAGAUAUGCCGACACAGCUCCCGCACGGGUGUAAGAUCGGGGCCAUACUUGAACGUGAAGACCCCCGCGAUGCCCUAGUCAUGAAGACUGGCUCGAGCUACAAGUCCCUAGAAGACCUACCAGAAGGAAGCGUAGUCGGCACCUCCUCCGUCCGGCGCAGCGCGCAAAUCAAGAAGCGAUACCCCCACCUUAAUUUCGAGGAUGUCCGCGGUAACGUCGGCACCCGGCUCGCAAAACUCGACGACCCAGCGUCCUCCUACACCUGUCUGAUCCUCGCAGCCGCGGGCCUGAUAAGACUCGAUCUGGGAGAGCGCAUCACGGGUUACCUCUCCUCCCCGUGCCUCCUUCACGCCGUUGGCCAAGGAGCGUUAGGCGUCGAGAUCCGCGAUGGUGACGAGGACACCGCAAAGAUGCUUAGAGUGUUGGGCCACAAGGAAACCACCCUCCAUUGCCUUGCUGAACGCUCGCUCAUGAGGACGCUAGAAGGCGGCUGCUCUGUUCCCAUCGGCGUGGAAACUGAGACUGCCACGAACGGGCAGAUGCUCAUGAGGGCUGUUGUCGUCAGCCUUGACGGCCAGAACUUUGUUAACGUAGAGGAGCGUAUGGAAGUCGCGGGUGAGGAAGCAGCAGAUAAUUUUGGCAGAGUCGUAGCGGGGAAACUCGUCGCUGCUGGAGCUGGGGAUAUCUUGAAAGGUAUUAAUCUUAAUAGGGGUUUGGUGGAUGCCUGAAUUCAUGAACUGGGUAAUUAGCCCGGGGUAGGUGUUUCCAUUCGUUAUAUUUAUUUCGUUCUCUCACCCCCCUUCCACACUUUCCUUCCUUCUAGCUGCGGUCUUUUAUGGGUGAAUUACGGCAGCCGGGAAUUUAAGAGAGAAUGGGAGUUUGGUAAAAGUCACCAUUUCUCGGGUAUACAAUAUAAGAAUUAUAAUAAAGCGAAUAGAGGGUAUGUUUGGCUCCC